CCGGCCGCCAUUGCCUCGUGCCCGCGCCGGUCGGUUGGUGGCGCCUUUGUCCUACGGCGGGCAGGUGGGCUGAGGCGGAGGCGGCGGCGGCGGGCCUGAGGCGAAGGAGCAGCCGGAAGCCCGCCGCGCUGGUAGCGAUAUUAAUAAGGCAGCGGAAGGAAGAAAUAUGAAUACGGCUCCAUCAAGACCCAGCCCCACACGAAGGGAUCCAUAUGGCUUUGGGGACAGUCGAGACACAAGACGUGACCGAUCUCCGCUUCGAGGAAGUCCGAGAAGAGAGUCCAGGGAUGGCAGAAAUGGCCGGGACACCCGGGACAGCAGAGACUUCCGGGACCAUCGGGACAGCAGAGACCUCCGGGACCAUCGGGAUAGCCGGAGCAUGCGGGACCUCAGAGACUUCCGGGAUCUCAGAGACUCUAGAGAUUUUCGAGAUCACCGGGACCCACUGUACGACAGAUACCGAGACCUGAGGGACUCCCGCGACCCUGUGUACAGGAGAGAGGGCUCUUAUGACCGGUACCUGCGAAUGGACGACUAUUACAGGAGGAAAGAGGACGCCUACUUUGAUCGUUACAGGGACAGCUUCGACGGACGAGGCCCUCCAGGUCCAGACAGCCAGUCCCGUGCAAAAGAGCGACUGAAGCGGGAGGAGCGGCGGAGGGAAGAGCUAUAUCGCCAGUAUUUUGAAGAAAUCCAGAGACGCUUUGAUGCCGAGAGGCCUGUGGAUUGCUCUGUGAUUGUGGUCAACAAGCAGACAAAAGACUAUGCUGAAUCUGUGGGGCGGAAGGUGCGAGACCUCGGCAUGGUUGUGGACUUGAUCUUCCUCAACACUGAGGUGUCACUGUCACAAGCCUUGGAGGAUGUCAACAGAGGAGGAUCUCCUUUUGCUAUUGUUAUCACCCAGCAACACCAGAUUCACCGCUCCUGUACAGUCAACAUCAUGUUUGGAACCCCACAAGAGCAUCGCAACAUGCCCCAGGCUGAUGCCAUGGUGCUGGUGGCCAGAAAUUAUGAGCGUUACAAGAAUGAGUGCCGGGAGAAGGAGCGCGAGGAAAUUGCCCGACAGGCAGCCAAGAUGGCGGACGAAGCCAUCCUGCAGGAGCGGGAGCGCGGAGGCCCAGAGGAGGGCGUACGUGGGGGGCACCCUCCAGCCAUGCAGAGCCUCAUCAACCUGCUGGCAGACAACAGGUACCUCACUGCCGAGGAGACGGACAAGAUCAUCAACUACCUGCGGGAACGCAAGGAGCGGCUUCUGAGGAGCAACGCCGACUCUCUGCCUGGCCCAAUUUCCCGCCAGCCACUCGGGGCGGCUUCGGGUGCCUCGCUGAAGACACAGCCAAGUUCCCAGCCGCUUCAGGGUGGCCAAGUGCUCCCCUCUGCUACUCCCGCGCCAGCUGCACCCUCCACCUCCCAGCAAGAGCUUCAGGCCAAAAUCCUCAGCCUCUUCAACAGUGGCACGGUUGCGGCCAACAGCAGCUCGGCUGCCCCUUCGGCUGCUGCCGGAAGCACACAGAACCAGAAUUUUCCCCCAGCCACGAACAGCCAGCCCCAGCCAAGAUCACAGGCCUCUGGCAGUCAGCCCCCAGCCAUUUUGGGACAGGCGGGAUCUGCUCGGAACAUGGGCCCCAGGCCUGGGGCUCCCUCCCAAGGGCUCUUUGGCCAGCCUUCCAGUCGCCUGGCACCUGCUGGCAACAUGGCCAGCCAGAGGCCUGUGUCUUCCACAGGUAUCAAUUUCGACAAUCCAAGUGUACAGAAGGCUCUGGACACCCUGAUCCAGAGCGGCCCUGCUCUCUCCCACCUGGUUAGCCAGACCACGGCACAGGUGGGAAGGCCCCAGGCCCCCAUGGGAUCUUACCAGAGGCAUUACUGAGGCCACGUCUGUCCGCUGCCCCCUACCCUGCUCCCUGGCCUCCUCCCAGUUCCUGCGUUCUAAUAGUUGUUCUACAGGAGAUGUCCGUGGCUCUCUCUAGGCCCACACCUCUCGUCACCUGCUCUCUUCUGCCCAAAACUGAGUUCCGUGUCCCCGACAGUCAGAGUUUAUGCUACA